AUGGGCAAGCAGUGGACUAGCGUGCAUGGGCAUAGGGACGACAACAUGGUGGUGACUGCAGGGCGCGUGGACUACGGUAGGGGGUGCGGGCACAAGGACGACAUUGAGGGGCGUGAGCACAGGGACGAUGAUGUGGAGGCAACUACAAGCGCGGGGAUGAUGGUGGGGGUGCAGGCACAGGGACAAUGA